AUGGAGAACACUUCUAUAUCCAACGCCUCUUCUACUUCGUUGCCUUCUAUUGCAAUUCUAUGGAAUGGACGAAACAAGGUUCUGAACGAUCAGAUCCAUACUGAUUUCGCAGCGCUGUUGUUGAAUCCCACCAUAGCCAUCUUUCCCACUCUUGUCAUUCUUGUCAUUAUAUCUGUAAUCAUUUCCGGUUUAGUGAAGUCUUCGAAACACCAAAGUUCUGUGGCUUUGCCUCCAGGGCCGCAACCCUGGCCACUGGUUGGCAAUAUUCCCGAGCUGCUGUACAAUGGACCCGGUUAUAAGUGGGUUCACUCUCUCCUCCACACCUAUGCUACCCCAAUCCUGUGCGUUCGUCUAGGAAGCGUCCAUGUCAUUGCUGUUAAUAGCCCUGACAUAGCAAGAGAGUUCCUUCAUAAACACGACGCUAUAUUUGCUUCUCGCCCCUUCACCAUGGCCACUCAUUACUGCAGCAGAGGAUUUCUAUCCACUGCCCUGGUUCCAUGGGGAGAUCAGUGGAAGAAAAUGCGGCGUGCGCUUGCGUCGGAGGUGUUGAACACUUCACGCUUUAAGUGGUUGCAUGGCAAGCGGAUGGAGGAGGCCGACAAUCUGAUCCACUGGAUAUGGAACCAAUGCACAGCUCAAUGUCAAGCACAACCCAACGCUUUAAUCAAUAUAAGAAGUGCUGUGAGGCAUUACAGCGCAAAUAUGAUUAAAAAACUCAUCUUUAACAGGCGCUUCUUUGGAAAUGGAAGUGCUAAUAAGGAUGGAGGCCCCGGUGCAGAGGAUGAAGAGUACGUAGAAGCGGCAUUCAAGGCGUUGUCUCUUUUGUUUAAUAUGUCCGUCUCGGAUUACAUGCCGUGUUUGAGGUGGCUUGACAUCGGAGGCACUUCGAGAGCCAUGAAAAAAGCCAUCCAGAUCAUAAACAAAUAUCACACACCACUCAUCGAAGAAAGAUUUCGCUGGAGGCGCGGAUGUAGCUCUUUAGAGGAACCGCAAGACUUGUUGGACGUCAUGAUCUCUAUAAAAGACUCCUCAGACGGCACUCCCUUGCUCAGCUCGGAGGAGAUCAAAUCUCAAGCGUCGGAAUUGACACUGGCAACAGUCGAUAAUUCGUCGAAUGCUGUAGAAUGGGCUUUAGCAGAGAUGCUGUUGCAGCCGGAGAUAAUGCAGAAAGCCGUGGAGGAGAUCGACAGAGUGGUUGGCAAAGACCGGUUGGUAGAAGAGUCAGACCUUAUGAAGCUGGUGUACGUGAAAGCGUGCGCAAAGGAAGCGCUGCGUUUGCAUCCGGCAGUACCUUUCAACGUUCCUCACAUGUCGAUGGAGGACAGCACAGUGGGUGGGUACCACAUUCCCAAGGGCACUCACGUAAUACUGAGCCGUGUGGGAUUGGGGCGUAACCCUUGCGUAUGGGAAGACCCUCUGCGCUACUGUCCCGAUCGUUUUAUGAAGGAUGGCAGUGUUGAGCUGAGCGACCCUCAACUACGCCUCCUUUCUUUCAGCACGGGAAGGCGGGGAUGCAUGGGAGUUGCUUUGGGCACUUCAAUGACAAUCAUGCUCUUGGCCCGCCUGCUUCACUGCUUCCACUGGUCCACUGCUUCCGUGGCACCCAUUCACCUUCAAGAAGGUCCGGAUGAUCUGUUCAUGGCCACCCCUCUCCAUGCAAUCGCAACCCCUCGCCUUCCUCACCACCUCUAUCCAUAAAUUUGUCCCUUUACGUUCGCUAGCUUAAAUAUUUUAAAUCACAGUUAUGUUCCAUAUUUUCAUUCCAAACAUCUAGUGUGGGAUUUAGGUUUAUGUAUUAAGAUUUAUGUUGAUGCAGUUUGAAAUUUUAAUGUUCUAUCUCUAUUAAAUCGAAAAAUUAUAUUUCAAAUUUUGU